UCAACGCCGUAGGGGGAGGGAAGGUCAGUGUCUGUAUAAAUAGAAGCGAGAGGAAAGACAUUAUCAGUCAUCUCCUGGUGCUGGGAAAGCCUCGCAACAUGAGGACAAUUAUUUUAGUGUCAUUCGUGGCUGCGUUGAGCGUGGCAGCUGCUGCUCCUGGCGGUUGCUGUGGUGGAAGCCAUGGAGGCGGAGGUGGAGGAUAUGGAGGAGGCGGUGGAGGGCGGUGGCCAUGGAGGCGGAGGAGGCAGAGGCGGCAGAGUGGUGAAAGCACAGCUGGUCGGAGUUGGCACUCUUCCCAGCACUGGUGGAGGAGGAGGUGGAGGCUCAGGAGGUUAUGGCUCCCACGGAGGUGGCUCUCGAGGCGGCCAUGGCAGAUCCAGCGGUGCCAGCAUUGUCCGAGCUGAGCUGGUUGGAGUUGGCACUCUUCCCAGCACUGGCGGAGGUGGUGGCGGAGGCUCAGGAGGUUAUGGCUCCGGCGGAGGUGGCUCUCGAGGCGGCCAUGGCAGAUCCAGCGGUGCCAGCGUUGUCCAGGCACAGCUGGUUGGUGUUGGCAGCCUUCCCUCAGGAGGGGGCGGCGGCCACGGUUCCAGUGCCGGUGGUGGAUACGGCGGUGGCAGUGGUUGGUAAGACUUUCUGUCAUCAACGAACUUUGUGUAUUCAUUAGCUACAUGUAAAUAAACGAAAAACAAUCGAAUUUAAA